CCAUUUGCGAGCCCUUCAAAAAGGGGUCGGCCAUGGAAACCGUUGGUUCAUGUUCUUCAUUUGUCUCUCUGUGUUUAGAAGUUUGUUUGAAACCCUAAUUUCUCUCCCAAAUUUUGUGGGGAACCAAACAAUCUUCCACCACAGCCACCCAUUCUUCGCUCACGAUUUCUCCCUUUUUUACAAUCUCCAUUUCCGCAUUGAUUCCUCCUCUCUCUCUCUGUUUGCCUUCCCUCCAUUCCCCUCUACACCACUCAUUUUUCUUCCUCUUCUCCUCUGUUACGGUUUAAUCUCCUCUUGCCGUGGCCCGCCGACCGAGAUCUCAUCCACACACGUUCAUUAACUAAUGGAUCCGACGGAACUAAAGCGAGUGUUCCAGAUGUUCGAUCGCAACGGCGACGGACGGAUCACUCAGAAGGAAUUAAGCGAUUCGUUGGAGAAUUUGGGGAUUUUCAUCCCUGAUAAAGAUCUGACUCACAUGAUCGAGAAAAUCGACGUCAAUGGCGACGGAUGCGUAGAUAUCGACGAGUUCGGUGAACUGUACCAGUCGAUUAUGGACGAGAAAGACGAGGAAGAGGACAUGAGAGAAGCCUUCAACGUCUUCGACCAGAACGGCGACGGAUUCAUCACCGUCGACGAAUUGAGGUCAGUUCUUGCUUCCUUGGGGCUUAAGCAAGGGAGAACUGUAGAGGAUUGCAAGAAAAUGAUCAUGAAGGUGGAUGUGGACGGAGAUGGAAUGGUGAAUUACAAGGAGUUUAAGCAAAUGAUGAAGGGAGGUGGAUUUAGUGCCUUAGGUUCAUGAUAUCUUUCUCACUUGAUCACACACGUUNAA